UUCUCUCUCUCUCUCAGAAACACAUCACGCUGCCGCCAGAAGUGACGAGAGCACGAUUCCACAUUGCAGCGUAAAGCGGAAGCCCGCGACAAUCCAGAGGCGGAGGGGUCCGGUCACUAGGCACAUGUCCUUACUUCCUUCCUCGCCCCCUCCAAGGCUCCCGAGCAGAACCGGAAAACAGGGAGGAACUCGGCCUUGAGUUUCAAAUCUCCCAGACUUGGCAGCAGACCUCCGGUGUUAGGUGAAAGGAAAGUGAGCGAAUCGUUCCAAACUCAAACACCCCUGUCUUCUAGUAACCUGGCGCCUCUCAACGCGCCCUGCGAGCGGCCAGAUUACGCAGUCAACCAAUCAGAUCGGAGGUGCCGCCGCGUGCUUACUACGGGCGGAAAUUUGGCGGAAAGCUUCGCACCGCUAGACCGAGGUCUCUAGCGAAACACCGAGCCUCGACGUGGUUUUGGGUCCAGACCUGAAAAAUGAUUUGUGAAGCUGGAAUGCGUGACAGCGUCGUCGCGGCAUUUUAUUGGAUCAAGGAAGAAUGAAGAAAACUGAAGAUACAAAGGAAAGAUUAGCCCAAAGAACUGAUGGACCACAACUACCACGGCUUCCACCAAACUGAGUCCAGUACAACAGGAUGGUGCCUGGCUACCACCACUGACCGCUCUGACAGGGAUCACAAUAGAAGGUCCCAGACAGAGCUGGAGAAAAGUGUAGAACAGAACUCUAAAAAAGAAAGACCAAACUUGCUGGCUUGGCAGAGACUGGAGAAACCCUUGAGAGUAUGGCCCCCAGGCACUCUUUCAGCUCAGUAAUGAGACCAUGGAUCCUUAUGAUGCGUCAGAUUUGACUCCUAGACAAAGUGCAUCCUCAAGGCUUAAAGAUUACUUUAUUGGUGCCACCCCUCUGCAGAAACGAUUAGAGUCAGUCAGGAAGCAGGCUACAUUUGUCUCGACUCCACCUCGAAAGAAAAUUCCCCAGUGUUCACAGUUGCAGGAAGAUGUUGAUCCUCAAAAGGUUGCAUUCCUUCUGCAUAAGCAAUGGACUUUAUAUAGUUUAACUCCCUUAUAUAAAUUCUCCUAUACUAACCUCAAAGAGUAUUCUAGACUCCUAAGUGCAUUUAUUACUGCUGAAAAGCAAAAAGGUCUUGCCGUGGAAGUGGGAGAAGACUUCAACAUCAAAGUGAUUUUCUCUACCCUCCUAGGAAUGAAGGGAACGCAAAAGGACUCUGAAGCAUUUCUUGUCCAGAUUCUGUCAAAAUCUCAACCGCCAUCUGAGAACACAGAAGGUAAAGUUUUGUGGACUGGUUGGUUCUGCUGUAUAUUUGGAGACAGUCUUCUAGAGACUGUUUCAGAAGACUUCACCUGUCUACCCUUAUUCCUUGCAAAUGGAGCAGAGUCUAAUACAGCCAUAAUUGGAACCUGGUUUCAGAGAACCUUUGACUGUUAUUUCAGUCCCUUAUCAAUCAAUGCAUUUAAUCUUUCCUGGAUGGCUGCUAUGUGGACUGCAUGCAAAAUGGACCAUUACAUGGCUACUACUGAAUUUCUUUGGUCUGUACCCUGUAGCCCUCAGAGUCUGGACAUUUCUUAUGCCAUACAUCCAGAGGAUGCAAAAGCUUUGUGGGACAGUGUCCACAAAACACCUGGGGAAGUUACCCAAGAGGAAGUUGACUUAUUCAUGGACUGCCUUUAUUCACAUUUCCAUAGACAUUUCAAAAUUCAUUUAUCAGCCACAAGAUUGGUUCGUGUUUCAACAUCUGUAGCUUCAGCACAUACUGAUGGAAAAAUAAAGAUUCUGUGUCAUAAAUACCUUAUUGGAGUGUUGGCAUAUUUGACAGAACUGGCAAUUUUUCAGAUUGAGUGAGGCCUUGUGUGGACUACAAGAUAUGGAUUAUAUAUUCUUUUCUCACUAAUUGCCGUGCUGAGAAAUGGGCAUCUCUUCGGCACCUGUUUUCCUCACGGUGCCAUUGGAGUGGCUCAGAUGGAAGCUAAGAAGGAUCCAGAAGAACAAAGGAGGUGGUAGUGGAUGAGCCAGGUGUUUGUGUACUAGUUAUCUUGAUCUGGGAUGCCAGCCCAUAGAAAAUGCUGAGUUGCUUAUUGGUCACCUGUCUCUUUUCCUCUCUGAAGAAAUAUAGAAUGUUUAUUAUGUCGACCUUGAAGAGUCAAAUGAAAUAUCUUUAUAUUGGGUAUUUCUGAUUUGGGUCUUUAAAACCUGUAAUCCUUUUUGGGCAAUUUAGCCUUGGCAUUUAGAGAAUUUGUUUUCUAAAGACAUUUUAUUUUGCUGUAUAGAACUGGCAAUCAAAAUCACUUCGAAAGGAAACCAGAUUAUUAUUUCAGUUUUUAAGCCACCAAUCUGCUUGUUUUUAAACUGUUCAAUUCUUAUCGCAAUCUUGAAUUAAAUAUUCACUUUUAAAAUGAAGCAGUGUGUUUAUCAGUGUUGUGGUAACAGCUCUUUUAAUUAAUGUCUCAGUAAUACACACGAGCUCUGGCGGCACAAUGGUUAAUGCGCUCAGCUGCGAACCAAAAGAUUGGCGGUUCGAACUCACCCAGCAGCAGCUCCGUGGGCGAAAGACAUGGUGAUCUGCUUCUGUAAAGAUUACAGCCUAGAAAACCCUGUGGGGCAGUUGUGCUCUGUCACAUGGGGUCACUGUGAAUCUAAAUGGACUUGAUGACACUCAACAACAGUACACACAUGUGGUCGCUGUCACAAUCAACUGAAUGGCAAUUUUUUUUUAAAUAGGAAGUGGUAGGCUUUUUCUUUAGCAUAAAGGUUACAAACCAACAAUUAAAUAGAAUCAUAAAAACUGUAGCAUUGAAAGGCACCAGUGAGCCCCUAUGAGAGCAGAAAUGGUCUUAUUUAACGUUCAUGUCCCUAGUGUUUAGCACAGUGCUUCAUAAAUAUCUCUAAAUUAAGUGAAUGAAUUUUAACCAACCCUUCCAUUUUACGGAUGAAAACUAUGAGAUCAAACAAUGUAAGAGACUUGCCCAAGAUAUUAUAUCUAAAUCUUUUUACUUACUGAGCAUGGAAAAGUUUUACCUUAGAAAUAAUGUUUUUAAAAAUCUUGUUUGAAAGAAAGAGAUUUUAGUAGGCCGUAAUUCUAAAACCAAAGAUUGAAUUGGAACAUUAUUUCAGAUAUAGUAGGAGCAGCAGAGGUAGUGGAAAGAGCCUAAGUUUUGGAGAAUUCAUCCAUUUUUUCAACUCGUAUCUUUCUAGAAGACUAAAAAAGGUCCCUGUCCUGUGGAAAUUGCAUUUUAGUAGAGGAAGGCAAAAGGUAAAUAAUUUCAGAUAGUGACAAAUGCUAUGACAAAAAAAAAGGGAGAGCAAUAUGAAAAAGGAUAACUGAGGUGGGACCUUCAUAAAUAGUAGUCAGGCAGGUCUUUCUGAGGAAGUGACCUUUGAGUUCUGAAUGAUGAGAGGAAACCAGCCAUGUAAAAGUCUGAGAAAGAGAAUGUGCUAGGCUGAUGAGAUAGCAAAAGCGAAGGCCUUGAGAUAGGAAAGACCUUGGCUUGAGGAACAAAGGGAGUCUGUGUGGCUGGAACAUAACGGAGGAGGAGGGUAGUAUGAGAUGAAGUUACGCAGCAGAAAAUCUUACCAAUAUCUACCAAUUUUUGGCUAGACACUUGGGUACCCACAAUAAAGACAUUUUCUAGUCGUUCUCGUAGGCAAGUGUAGUCAUGUGACUGUUUUGACCCAUAGGACGUAAAUGGAAGUGUCAUGUAGAGUUUCCAAGAACCUUCUUAAAAAGCAGCUGCUAUGUAUCUGUUGCUCCAUUUCUUUUUCAUCCCUUCUUCCAUCUUUGCUGCCUGCAACAUUGACGUAAUACCUGAUACUCUAGCUACUCUCUUAGAUCAUGGGGAUGAGGGUCAGGUCUUAAGGAUGGUGGAACAUGGUCUGGGAGGAGCUUGUGCUCUGAGAACUUCUUGAAGCUGAAGUCCAAUGGCAGCCUUGAAUAGCCUUCCUCCAGACUUAAGUGUCAGAAAAGUAAAUGUCUUGUUGAAGCUACUGUUAUUUUGGUUUGGUUUUACUCACAGCCAAAUCUAAUCCUAGCUGAUAAAGAGAGGCAGGAUCCAGAUCACCUAAGUUCUUGCAGGACCUGUGAUUUGAUUUUAUUCUAAAUAUAAUGGGAUGCCAUUGAAAGGUUUUAAGCAGGAGAGUAACAUGACCCAAUUUGUAUUUUAUAAGAUUACUCUGCUAAGGGAGAAUGAACUGUAGGUAGACAAGAGUGCAAGUGGGACGAUAGGUUAUUACAAAUGGCACAACCCCUAUGGAGAAGUUAGCAGUAUCUCGCAAAAUUGUGUGCAUUUACUCCUUGGCUAGCAAUCCCACUUCUAGGAUUCUAUCCCAAAGAUUCACUGGCAAAAAUACAAAAAUACGCACAUGGCUAUUUUAUCACACUACACCUACUCCUCACUUAUUGACUGUCUUAUCUGAUAUUUCACAUUUACUGUAAUAGUAAAAAAUCUAUCCAACUGUUUUGUGCAUUAACGACUGAUGUAUGUCUGGCAGUAACAAAUGCUGAAGCGCGAGGCAAGAGUAACAUUGGCUAUGACGCUUAUGUGUCAACUUGGCUGGGCCACGAUUCUCAGUGGUUUGGCAGUUAUGUAAUGAUGUAUUUUGGCAGAUGUGUAAUGAUGUGGUCAUCUUCUAUUUUGUGAUCUGAUACGGUCAUCUUCCAUUUUUGCAUAAUGCUGAUUUUCACAUAAUGACCUGGUCUUUGGACCCUCACCUUAUCAGUAAGUGAGGAGUGGGUGUAUUUGUAAUAGCAAGACUAAAAACCCAAAUGCUUAUCAGAGAGGAACUGGUUGAAUAAAGUAUGUAUGGUAUAGCUGCACAAUGAAUUACUAUGAAACUGUAAAAAAGAUUAAGGAAACUAGAUAGUGCCAGAGUGAUCUUCAGGAUAUAUUGUUUUUUUGUUUUGUUUUUCCUGUGAAAAUAUACACACCAAAACGUUAGCACAACUUCCAUGUUUACAAUUCAAUGACGAUUACAUUUUUCAUGUUGUGCCACAAUUACCAUUAUCCUUUUCUGAAAUAUUCCACCACCUCUCUAGAAGGUAUUGUUAAGUGAAAAGGAGCAAGGUGUGGACAGAGUGUAUAAUAUGCUACCUUUUAUGUAAGGUAGUGGAGAAAUACGUGUGUAUUUCCUUAUGUUUUCAAAAAACCAUGGAACGUGAAACUAAAAACUUAUAAAAGUGGUUCCUCAUAAGGGGAAGGAAUUGAAUAGAGGGGACGGAAAUGGAAGUUAGACUGACUUGAAUGUUCCUCGUUUAUAGUUUGGAACCAUGUAAAUAUUUUAUAUAAUUAUGAAACAAAAUUAGAUCUAAAAGGGAAAAGCAGCAAUCUAAAAACUGAGAACAAAUUAACCUAGCUAUGCUAGGUUCAUGGCAUAAACACAUAGAAUUAUUUUUAGUAUCUUUAAAUUAUAGUAUUUUGACUCUACAUCCUUAGUGGGCUAUAAAAAGCAUUAGUCAAAAAAAUUUUUAUGGUAAAUACUACCUUUAUUUAAAAAAGUUAUACAUGCUAGAAAAAAGCAUAAAUGAUACAUGUUGUAAACAACUGUUUACCAAAUACUUAUUUUUUUUCCUUGUAAAGGUGCAAAUGAUCUUUAAAUGUAAACAUAAAAGUUGCCAAACAUUUUUGUAGUGGGGGCAGGGAGGAGAAGGUUUUUCCUUUUGGUUGCAAUUAAAGUCUUGUUCAAAUAUUUUCCUGCAAAAUACACUGAAAAAAAAUUUGUCUAUGAACACAAUGAAAAAAAAAAAAACUUUUAACCAUUGAUUUUUUUUUUUCUUAAAAUUUUUAACUCUU